AUAAUUGAGGUACCCCGCUCUGUUGGAUUGGAAAUUUAGGUUUUUCCAAUAGUAGCAGAAACAAUCUUGCCAAUAAACUUUAACAAUCUUUUUGAAAACACAGCAAAUCUUUAAAAGGCUUUGAAGAGGGAUAUGGUUACAGUCUUCCAUCGGUCUCAGUCAAAACGUUCAAGUAAAUCUAACUCAAAAUAGAAGUAAAAUAUUGUUGAACGGAGACGACUUCAAUGACAAACAAAAAAUCGUACGAACAUGGUGUGGGCCACCAAAAGAGGCGGGUCAUGGAGGACCGCCUGGAGCGGAGCUACCGUCAGAAGGUUAGGAUCAUCCGCUGCCUGACCGCCCGGCAGUCCAAUGCCAAGGACUUCGACCUUUGCGCCAAGUGGAUGUACGUAUUCAGUCGCACCAGCAAGGAGGAGGCCAGGGCAAGGGACUACCUCCUGGGGCAGAUGCUGAGCCAACUCCGAGACGCGGGCAGCCUGUCCCUGCCCUUCACGAACCUGGCCAACUGCAGCCUGGAUCUUCACUUGCUGCUAGACGAGGAGGGACGUAAGCUGCUGCACCGCUCCAGUCCCCGGCAGCUGGUGGCCCAGAGGGGCAGCAAUCUGGCCAGGCGGAGGCGCAAGCCGACUCCCUUUGAGUGGCGACAGAGAGUGGAGCAUCUGGAUCACCUGGAGAACCAGUACAGGCGCGAAGAGCAGGAGACCUGGAGCCUCGACUUCCCAUCCGAGGGCUGUUUGACGGUGAAAUCCCCGCCCAAGAGACAGAAGCUAAAGAAACGUUCCAGGACCUUCGGGACGCAAGGGGAAAAUCCAGUGACCCCUCCACGGGCUGCUCGAGAUCUCUGCGAGCGAGAGCGCAAGCAGCGAGAAAUCCUACUGCGGCGGGAGAGGGCUGACUUGGAAAGGAAGCUCAGAGAGCAGAAGCGGGAGCGGCAAAGGACUCUGCUGGCCGAGGAGCAACAGCUGGAGCGCCAGCGCCUGGAAAAGGCCCGUCGAGUGCUCGACCGGAGGAUGCGCGAACAGCAGCUGAAGGUCAAGGAGCGGCGCGACCACGAGCGCUAUUUGCUGCUUAAAAAGCGAGAGGAGCAGCGCCUGCAGGACCAGCGUUGGCGAGCCCAACGUCGGCCUAUUACACCUUCGUCCCAGGAUGUAGAGAAUCCUCUGCCGCAAUCCGAGGAGCCCGAGCACAUGUCCCACUCCAAAAUGACCGUUCCGGCCAACUCUGACGCUUCCAAAAGUGCAAGUCGGGAGCAGCAGCUGCAGCUGCGGGCGGAGAACGCGAAGCAGAAGGUCUUGGCCUACGAGCAGCUCAAGGAGUUUCAUCGCGAACGGGCUCAAAGUGAGCGCGAUCGGCAGCUCAAGAUGCGACAGGAGAGUAGAAGGAAUCGAAAGGAAAAGGUAGUGGUAGAACCCAAGAAGCUACAGAAAAGUUCGGGGAAGGAAGACUUGCAAAAAGACUUGCAACAAGGAUUAGAAAAGAGUCAGCAGGAUGGCAUCGAAAGAAAGAGGCUGCAGGAGCUUAAGGCUCUUCAGGAACGGCAGGAGAAAGAAGAACAGGAACGAAAAUAUUUGGCAAAGAAACUAGAGCAGGAACGACUGGAAAGGGAAGAUUUCGAAAGAAAGAGGGAAGAGGAGCUUAAGAGCCUUAAGGAAAGACAAGAGUGGGAAGAGAAGGAAAGAAUGGAAUUGCAAAAAAGACUUGAAACCGAACGAAAGGAAAGGGAAGAAUUCGAAAGAAGAACUUGUGAAGAACACAAGCAAAAGGAAAAGAAAAUUGAGGACCUCAAAAGGAAACUCAAUGAGGUGCACGAAAGAGAAGUAAAGAGGAACGAGGAAUUAGAGAGAGAAGCAAGACAGAAACAAGAUCUUGAGAAAAGAAAGCAGGACGAGCGCGAAGAAAGUGCUGAAGAGGAAGAGUUGCUCAGAGAAAGACGAAUUUUGGAAAAGCUCAGAUUGAGCAAAAGCGCAAGGGAGUUAUUAGAACAAAAAACUAGGGAAGAAGAUCUGAAGAGGGAACAGAUUUUAAGGAGACGGCUUCAUGUUCAAGAACAGCAAGAGAAGAAGGAAGCUGAAGAACGAGAAGAACGUCAGAAAAAGUUAGUCAAGGAGUGUGAAAAGAAAAUUCAAGAGGAAGCAAAUAUAGACGAUCAAGCCAAAAAACAAGAAGGUAGAGAAGACACAGAGAAGCCUUACGCGACUGAUAAAAAGGAUCUUAAUCUUCCAAGAAGGGAAGAAUUAAGAACUCGAGAAGAAACGCUAGAACAGAAGGAAGAGCGCUGGCGCAGAAUUAAAGAGGACCGUCUUCUCGUGGAACAAAAGCAGGAGGAGAAGCUUAGGCGCGAUCGAGAAAAACUUGACCAAGAGGAGAAAGACAGGGACAGUAGACUGCAGCAACUAAGACAGAGAAGGAAUCAAGAACGCCAACUGGAAAAUGAGACAAGAGAUGUCGCAAAAACACUGCGGAAUCAGCUCGAGAAGCACUUGGAGCUCCACGAAAAUUAUGACCUGCGGCAAAAGCGAUCGGAGGAAAAGAGGCUCCGAAAAGAUUUGGAAAAUCUGGAAAAGACAAUUGCAACCGAAAGUCGCUAUGUUGAGGUUCAAGCGGCUCAAGAAGCCCAGGAAUUGCUGGACAGAAUGCAAGACUUAGUAGAGAUCCAAAGCCAAGAAUGCAGAAGAAAAUCAAAUAGUGAGUCACAAAAUAUGCUGGUCGAAGAAGCACAAAAAACCGGGGAGGAAGAUAAAAGGAUUUAUCAUCCUGAAUUUGGGAAAGAAGAGACCAAAUUGAAGAAUGUAAGCACCCAGUUCGAAAAGCUCCAGGAGAGGAAUAAAAAGCUCAAUGAGCAGGUCCUGGAGGGACGCCAGGUGCUCGCGGAGUUGCGCAUGGCAGCUGGAGAGCUGGCCAAGCACAAUCCUUUAAGCAGCCUUUCCCGAAAGACGUCUUUAAAGAAUAUUUUGAGAACACCGGAAGAGAAAAGAUCGGAAAACGAUUUAAUGGCCAGUUCUAGCCGCGAGUACUUUAUGCCACGAUCCUUCAGGACCCGCAGCGAACGAUGGGCUCGCUUCAUUGGCAGUGAGGAGGCAUCCGAGGAGGAGGAGCCUGGAUUUCAAGGACGGAAUCAAGGCCGAUCUUCCAGCGAUUUAGAUGCUGAUCCAAAUUACUCCCUUGUGGGGAGCUACUGUCCGCGCAAGAAGAUCUAUACGGUGGAGCGCCAAACAAUUUCAACGAGAUCAAAUGGUUACUCGGGUCAGAUGGAAGCUUAUGGCUCCUAUGUUCGUAAAAGGGUGGCCGAGUGGCGGAAAACUCUUCGACCAAGUUCAUACUCCACCGAUGAGGAGCAACCCGAGGGGGAGGAGAAGCGAGAAAGUGGUGGAGAAACCACUGGACCCGUGCACCUCACCUACUGCACACAAACUGGCACGAUGCGUUAUCCUAUGGUUAAAAAACAUAGCAUUAGCCAAGGUCCUUUGAGUAAAAAGAAGAGACAGGAUACACAGCUUCAGGCUUUCGUCCUGCUUUUAACGGGAACUCAUAUAUCUGAUUACGAUCCAGAAACGUUAAGUACUGAAAAUGGACUUCUCCAGCGCAAGUUGUCGGAGGGACAAGCCCUAGCUGCAAGAAAGCACUCACUGAAAUCAAUUAUUCAGGUUGUUAGGCAUCUGAGUAGGAUCUUUAAAAAUGAAGAUGCCGAUGUCAGUUCCGAGGAGGAGAACGAUUGCCAUGGAAAAGGAGCACUGGAUCAGAUCCAUCUGCAGGAGACCAAGACCAAGAUGAAGCUUCCAAGGCCAAUCUUUCAAACUACGUUGGUAGCUUUGUUUCCUCCCAACAACCCCUUUCAUUCCCAUCUGGUAGAGAAAAUGGCCAUUCUGGACAGCCAGCUGGAGAUGCACCUUAAAAAGACUUGUAACUGGUUCUUCGCACGACGAGGUGGCAAAGAUCUGCGACGGAAAGUGGAGGAGUUGGUGGAACAACAGCGACAGGCUCAGACAUGCCAGCUGGCAGAAAUGUGCCGGAACUCCGAGGAGCAGACGCUGCGGCAGUGGAGACGGCUGGCCAGGAACUCCCUCCUCGGUAUGAGGAGUCUCUUCCACGACUACUGCGACAUGCACGACGCACUGCCAUGCUCAACCCUCCAGACCAUUGAGCGACUUUACAUCGAAUGGAAAGAACGAAGGUGUACGGUCGAUUAAAGUCAGGUGCUGCUUAGACUUCCCCUUUG